AUGAAAAGCAUUUUUGAGUACCUAAUCGAAGAUUUAGAAAUAUUAGAUCAUGACAAUGAGCAGGCUUUCCAAGUAUUAUUGGAGGCAGGUGAAAUAAAUGGUUUCAAUGACUUAAUAACCCAGAAUUUCAUAAUUAAAAAUUCAGUUUUCAUAGCUUUACCAAAAGUAGAAGCUGGUACCGGCCAUAAAGCAAUUAUCGAUGCCUGCAUUAUAGAGCUCCUGAAAAGAAAUUUACUGAACAAUGUACUGACGUUUGGUUAUAAGUUAGCAAAGAAUGAUCAAGUUAAUUCAAUUCUGAAUUGUGAAUCAAUAAAUUUCAAUGUACAAUGCAUUAAAGGCGCUCAAUGGGGAUUACUACAUAAAUUGGUUGGCACUCACAGCUUCAUGGAUAUAUUGAUGAAUUGUACGGUAAUUAAUAUAAACGAGGAUAAAUCUACUCAGAUAAUAGGAAAUAGGCUAAAUGAUCCACAUACGCCUCCAAAUUGGUUACAAAAUACAAAUAAUUUCAAAAAGAAAAGGAUAUAUUUUCCAAUAAAAGUUUCUAAAAUGCUGUAUAAACACAAUCCUAAUAUGUCAUGUAAUAAGAUAUUAUAUGAUAAAGAAAAUCUAAUGAAUAUGAUAUUUGAUUUCAACUACAUCAAAAAAUCUUUUAUUGAUGAAGAUAAAUUAAAAAAAAUAAUAGAUAAAAUGUAUAAAUCUCACGAGAAGAGCAUCAAGUAUUUUCAAAUACUGGAUAAUAUUUGUCCCAAAAACUCUAGUAAUGAAGUAGCUUCACACCUUGACUAUCAGACUCCAGUAUCUAACGUCAAUAAAUUUUUAACCAUUAUUUUAGAAAAACUUCUGCCAAUUGAGCUUUUGGGUUCUAAAAAAAAUAAAUCUAUUAUCUUUAAAAAUGCAUCAAGGUUAUUAAGGCAAUCAAUAACAUCAAAUAUUCCCUUUAAUAAUAUAAUUGAAAAAAUAAGCACCACACAUUUUUCAUGGUUACAAGGAACUAAAAAAAAUAAUCUUCAAGAGAAUUUAAUUUCACAAUUAAUUAUUGAUUCAUUAGUUGCUUGGAUAUUUCAGUUCCUUAUCCCAAGGAUUGUGUCAUCAUUUUUUUAUUGUACCAAUGUCUCAUCAACUAUAGAUAUACUAUAUUUUCGCCAUGAUAUUUGGAACGUUUUAUCCUUCAACUUUUUAAAAUCAUAUUUCCCUUCAUUUUUAACUCUUAACCAGCAUUGUCGUAAUCAUAAUAGUUAUCUUCUAUCAGAUUAUAAUCAUAGUAGACUACGAAUAUUACCCAAAAAAGCAAAUAAUGAAUUCAGAAUACUAGCAGUGCCUAAUAAAGGAGUAGAUGAGGAAGAAAUUUUGGCAUACAAUGAGAAUGUCAGGACAAUACUAAGUCCAGUGAAUGAUAUUUUGAAUCACCUAAGAAGAAAGAGAAAAACAAAUUUUGAGAAACUUUAUUCUUUAACUGAUAUAGCUGAACAGAUUUCUAAUUUUAAAACGAAAUUGCUAAAAAAAUAUCAUACGUUACCAGAAUUACACUUUAUGAAAUUUGAUAUUAAGGAUUGUUAUGAUACAAUACCAAGACAAAAAGUGCUUACGUUGGUCAAAAAAUUGCUUGAGAAUGAAGAAGGCUUCUAUGUUAGAAGGCAAAGCUUUUAUGAUUUGAACACACAGAAAUUGAAAACUGUAAACGUUGUAAAUUGCAGUAAACAUUCAAGAAAAAAUGAGCUUUUUAUUGAUAGCUCAAGAACCUUAAAUUUUCAAAAUGAAGAUAUCAUCCAUGUGUUAGAAACGGAACUAUAUAAUAGUUCAAUCAUGUAUGGCAACAACUGCUACUUGAGAAAAGAUGGAAUAUUUCAAGGUUCUUAUAUUUCUGCUGUACUUGUUGAUUUACUUUAUGACGAUCUAUUAGAGUAUUAUCCAGUAUUUCACCCAGAUACCAAACGUGAUUUCCUUGUUUUAAGAUUAGCGGAUGACUUCUUAAUGAUUUCUAAUGAUCAAAGGCAAAUACAGGAUUUAAAUUUACUUUGUGCUAAUGGAUUUCAAGAAUAUAAUGCAACUGUGAAAAAAGAGAAAAUACUUAUAUCUUCGUCACAGACAACCAAAAAUAGUGGAGUAAUCAAUUUUUGCUCACUAAAUAUAAAUAUGAAGAUACUCGAAAUUUGGAAAGAAGCAAAUUAUUUCAAUGUUAUAAAAUAUUCUACUCAUUCUAAGCGAAAAAUAUUUCACAAUAUUUUAAUGUUAUACAAAGGGAGACUGCAACUGCAAAAAAACAAUAUUAAUAUCUCUGAUCAUACUAUAAUUAAACAUGUAGAAAAUGUUUUAAGAAGCAUCAUUGCAACUUUUAUGUCAAAUUUCAGAAAAAUAAAUGUGGGGAUUAAUGAAUUUAAAACAUUUUUGAAUGAGUUAAUUCGUAUCACUAUUAAUAUAUAUUCCAAACCUCUACCAGUAAAUAGAAGAAAAAUGUAUAUCCAUCAAUUGGUUACUAGGUUAUUUCUUAAAUCACUAUUGAAAAAAAGAAUGAAAUAUAAACAUGCAAUAUUUUGUUUAUAUGAAAACUUACAAAUGCAAUUAGAUACUUAA